UGUGAAGUUUACGAUUCGCGAAGGCGACCUAAUUUACUUACAGUGCAUAAAUUUUUAUCGUUUUAGUGGAAAAAUACGAUAAGAACUGUAUCGUUGUUCAUGUUUGAGGAUAGCUAUGCCGUUUGGCAUAUGUACAAAACCUUUAAAAGAUGAUCUGACAAAGGAUCUUCUUAUACUUGUCGAAAUACCAGACAAAUCUAGCAUAAAAGUGACGCUGUCGAAAGAUGCCACAGGGCUCGACUGUUUGGAGAGUGUGACGAAGGAACUUGGUCUGUACGAGGUUGGAUACUUUGGUUUAAGUUACAAGACUAAGAAAGGCCAUGAUUGGUGGCUUGUUUUGGAGAAACCAAUAAAGAAACAGUUGGAACAGAACACUAUCAGUUAUAUUGGCAGCAUCAGACUUAAGUUGAAGAUUCAUUUCUUUGUGAAUGGUGCCUCUUGGUUAAAACUUCAAGACAAACUGAUAAGAAGUUUUUACUAUUUGCAACUUAAGGAUCAAAUUCUUGAAGGGAGCUUGUCAAGUGAAAAAGACUCUGCAGUGUUACUGGCCUCCUAUGUUGCACAAGCUGAGUUGGGGGAUUACGAUGCUGAAACAUUUGUUGCCUUUGCAGAAACCCACAAUCUCUACCCCUCUAAUGUUGCUGCACUUCAUGCAAGGGAAACCCUUGAUCAGCAGGUGAUAAAAUUUUAUAGUCAUCACAGGGGUUUGACAUGUGAAGAAGCACAGCUAGAAUACAUUUUGAUUGCUCAACAACUAGAGGGAUAUGGUGAUGAGUAUUACCCUGCAAAGGACUAUGAUGGUUCUAUUAUUCUAGUGGGUGCAUCAUUUCUUGGCAUUGUAGUAAGACAUUCUCAUGGGUUGCCUCCUGCAUAUUUCAGAUGGCCUGACAUUGUUCGCAUUACUCACAACAAGAAGUACUUUUGUAUUGAAAGUGCUAAAUCAUUUGAUAUCAUUCAGUUUGAAAUGGAUGAUGCACCAACAGCUAAGUAUGUUUGGCGGAUGUUUGUAGCUCAUCAUCAGUUUUGCCGCUUGAAUUUAUCCAGGUCAAGCACACGAGCAUCUACCACAAAGCACCAACCUCAUGACAUAAAACUGAGCAAACGCGAAUUCAAGAAGAAAACUGGCGUUGUUGCCAGUAGUGAUGGAAGUGGAUCACUAAGCUCAUUUAGCUCAGUGACAGGCUUAGACAAUCCUGUUUUCACUGAACAAAGUGGUUCAGGCUCUGACACUGAUACAAGAUACAGCGGCAUACAACACAAGGACAACACUGACUGUGGAUCACAUGACUCUUCAAACUCAAUCAAUCGCAACACGUUGACCAGACCUCAGUCGCUAAACUUGUCUUCAGUGAACAGUGGACACGAGUUUUUACUUCGAGAUGACUUUUGUACCUCACAGAACUCUCUUGAUCACAACCGAAGCCUAUAUAACCAUGGAUUGUCAAACAGUGCGACAGUUACCAAUGAGGUGGGGAGCUCACUGUCAAUGGACUCAGGGAAUCCCCUUGGAACACAGUCACUUGAGAGCUUAAAUGACAGAAGUCACAACACCCCGCCUUCCAAUGCUUCAUCGGACCGAGCCUGCUCCUCAAGCGUUCGUGUGUCAAGACCAGCCCGUCCAGUGUCCCUUAGUUUGGAACAGUUACUGGCAGAUAACGCAAGUGAAGUGACUGGCCGAACCAGUGGAUACAGUACAUCAAAUGACUCAGACUUAGACGAGGGCAGGGACAUCGAGUAUGAAUGUGACGUUGAAUUACCUUUUUCGCGGGAAACACAGCUGGAGGAAUUAGAAAAAAUCUUCAACGAAGGACAAGUAUUUACAGAAUUCCAAAAGGUCGAGCGGAGAAGCGAGAAGCUAACAUCUGCCAGUGCCCAGUGCGAUGGGAAUGCAGACAAAAACAGAUAUAAAGACGUCGUUCCCUACGAGGAAUCUCGAGUCCGUUUAAAUCCUCGGAACAAUUCAAGUGGCAGCGAUUACAUCAAUGCAGACCAUAUCAAGGAGGACGUGGGGACUAGGACCUACCGUUACAUUGCUGCCCAGGGCCCCAUGGAGAACACAGCGGCUGAUUUCUGGCAGAUGGUGUGGGAGCAGAAUAUUACAAUUAUAGUGGCUGCAACAGACGACAAGGUUAGCAGCAAGAGUACUUGCUAUCCUUACUGGCCUGAGGACUUGUAUGGGAGCACAAAGACAUUUCAUUCUUUUGAAGUGGAAACAGUUUCUACCCGAAAUACACUGUCAUUUAAGGUGCGCAAACUGUCCCUACAUAUGGCUUCUUCAAAGGAAAAGAGAAUGAUUUGUCAUUUGCACUUUACUGAUUGGCCUGAUCAUGGAGUACCACAAGAUCCAAAACAUUUUCUUGAAUUUCUGGACGAAUUGGAGUCUGCAAGGCAACAGGUCAGCUCAAACCAUGGUGAUGCGCAGGAAGUCCAACCAGUGUUAGUUCAUUGUGCGGCCGGUGUUGGGAGAACUGGGGUCAUUAUACUUACCGACCUUAUGAUUGGCUGCUUACAGAGUAAUCAGCGAGUGAACAUUCUCAAAUCACUUAUCCAUCUCCGAAGCCAAAGGAUGCUGUUAGUGGCAAACUUCGGUCAAUAUCGGUUUGUUUACACCGUACUUAUACACUUCCUCAAAAAUAGCAGACUGAUAUAAACCUGGCAAAGUAUAUGAAGGGUCAGCCAGCGGUGCUGUACCACCGACUUCACUUUGUUUCAGGAACACAAAAAUACUCACUCUCAACUUUUGGGCUCGUAAACGGCAACUUCUUUUUAAGAAGUACAGGAGUCAGAAAAAAUGGACUUGGGUUAACCGUUUUGUCAAUUCUUUUUAGACAUCUCGGCAUGAGUUGCCACUCGGAAUAGUGCCUUUGUGCAUGACAUAAUACCACAGUCGUAAUAUUAAUGUAUAAUACUUAAACGAAUUGUCAUAUCCACCAGUUUCAUGGUCAUUCGUUGAAUUUACUGUGUACGUUAUCUUCUUUGAAUUCGGUCGUAUGUAUGUUUGUAUGUAUGUAUGUAUGUAUGUAUGUGUGUAUGUAUGUAUAGCUCUUUGGCGCAUAUUUAUACAUACAGAUAUAUAUACAUACAUUCAUUUUAAAAUACUAUUUUCAAUGCAAAAUGUUACGGAAAAAACAUAUUUUAUAUAAUGAAUAUUUUUAUGUACAAAUCGUAUCAAGUAUACGUCUGUAUUAAAACGCAAGAUACACCUCUUCAUGACGAGGGAAGCUUGUACAAAAAAAAAAACCGUUUUCAAGUGAAAAGUUCGCAAAUGGAAGAAGUUUGCUAUACUAACUCACCUGAGAAGCAAUGUAUUUUAGCUGUGAAAAAGUAGAAAUUCAAAUUUUUUGCCCAAAUUUGUAACACCUGUUAAUGAUAAUAAUAUUGAGCGUGUUAAGAAAUUAAUAUAAUGAAUUGCAACAUUUGAAAGGAGUGUAUGUUUUUAUGUAGUUUCAAUAAACAAUAAUUACGAUCAAGA